AUGAGCCCACAUACUUGCGGCCCUUGGGUCAUUUGGGAUGUCCGGAUCUCGCCGAUCGAAAUUGGGUCAUCUGGCGCCGCAAAAGGCUUCUGCACCGCCUCAAUGUUACCAGCCUUCUGUCCAGCGACCAUGUACAUCAAGGUCUACAUAAUUCGCGCAAAGCUCUCCACUGAAGAGAUCCUGGACCUGAUGUCCCUCGUCGAUCAAUACAACGAGCAUCGGUACCAAGCCCAACCGGAGUUGGUUCUCUGUCCCCAUCCCGAAGAAGCUGAUGUGGUUAUCACCAAUGUGCAUAUGCGACAGCGACUGGAACGACAUCUGGAAUGGGUCUUGGCUAGCGAGAAAGCCGUCGUGAAACCUGCCUGGCUACGCGAUUGCGCUGCGGAGAGAACUGCCCGACCCUGUGGAUCCUACUUCGCGCUAAAAGAUCUGCGAGGAAGCACUGAGCGGCACUGCCCGCUUGCACCCAGCGAAGGCGAAUUUCUGAGCAUCUCGCCGAGAAGUGAGCCAGUGGAGCGCGUGAAUUAUUCCAGCCGAUAUGCCUGCUUGAGAUAUUGCCCGCUCGAGUGCCCCAACCAAAGAUUGGCGCAGCAGCUGGGGGUGAUACAACGCUCCCGGGAGUUGGAUAGCAACGAGACCAGCACUCUGAGUUAUGAACGUGCUAUCUCAGUCAUCAAAGGUUGGUCGGUGCAUCAGUCCCAUUCAUAUCCAUGGUAUCCAAGUCUCGCAGCAUUUCCGGAUCCAAUCACAAGCGCUCGGCUCGACGAAGUUUCCAAGUUGCCUUGGAUAGGUGGGAAGAUGUUAUCGAAGAUCAAGGAGUAUAUAGUCGAAGGGGACAUCAGCGAGAGCCAAGCCAUCGCAGAAUCGGAGCAGUUUCGGACUUUGUCCCUUUUCACGCAAGUGUACGGCAUUGGCCCACCCACAGCUCGGAGGCUCUACGACGAGCACAACCUGCGGACGAUCGCCGACCUCGACACCCAUUUCGCCGAUGAUCGCGCCGAAAGCUCUUCCUCUCCCUCCACUGCUCCAGUUCUGACCAUCAAGAAGGCCUUGAGUUUGCGGGAAGACUUGAGCGAAAAGAUACCAAGAGAAGAAGUGGAGCAGUUGCACUCCAUCGUGGCCGAAGAACUGCAGCGUCUGCUUCCGGGGUGCUCAAGCACUAUCGUGGGCGGGUAUAGAAGGGGAAAACCACAGAGCAACGACAUCGACAUCGUUGUCACGCAUCCCCGCAUAGGUUCAUCCCGAACACACGGACUCGGUGAUGCGAUAGUGAAGCUUCUGUAUGAACGAGGCAUCGUCACCCACGUCUUGCAUGUUUCCAGCUUCCACGCACCCGAUGCCCUGCGAACAUCCCAGUGGGAUGAUCUGGAGAAAGUCAUGACUGUCGGUCUUCUUCCCUCGAGAGACGGCUGCCGCCAGAUCCACAGACGCAUGGACCUCAUCUUCGCGGCCCCUGCCAGUUACUGGACCGCAGUCGCCGGCUGGCCAGUUUCAUCUCUGUGUUCCCAGCUCGCACUGACCUCUUGCUCACACAUAGGACCGGCUCAAAGAUGUUCGAAAGAGACCUUCGUCUCUGGGCGAAAGAACGGCAAGCGAUUCGAACCGUUUAGGUUCCAGCUAGAGCUGACUCGUUCCGUGCAGCGGUUUCAAGUUCGACAGUUCUGGCAUGUUCGUCGUGUUUUCGGAGGAGAGACAGCAAGCAAUACAAGCCGAGCAGCGAACGCGAAAUCUUUGAUAUCCUCGGACUCGAAUAUAUUGAUCCAACGCUGCGAAAUGCUGAUGUUUAGUGGUAGCAAGUAGUACACAAUCAGUUCGAGAAGGCCUGGAUUCCUGUCAUCGCUCUUCCGAGAAUGAGACCGUGGAUAUCCUAAGGCAAUGUUAGAGCGAUGACGUCUACAUCGACAACCAAAACUCACGUGUGUACCUGGGACAACGUUGAACAAAAAAAAAGCAGAUUGUGCAAAGAA